AUGCUAAUAGUAAUAUUAAUACCACUUUUAAUUAUAUUUGUAAUUGCAAUAUUAACUUUAUUGGAGAGGCGUUUAUUAGCAAAUUUUCAAAGGCGUGUUGGUCCAGAUAAGGUAGGUUUGUUUGGUAUAUUACAACCAAUAGCUGAUGCUUUAAAAUUAUUGUUUAAAGAAAUGAUAGUACCUGGUAUUUCAAAUAUGUUUAUAUUUGUAGCAGCUCCUUUAUUGAUAUUUUUAUUAAGUUUAAUAAAUUGGAGUAUAAUACCAUUUUUUUAUGGUAAUGUAUUAGUUGAAGAACUGAAUCUUGGUUUUUUAUUUAUAUUUGCAAUAUCGUCUUUAGGUGUAUAUGGUAUAAUAAUGGCAGGUUGAGCUAGUAAUUCUAAAUAUGCAUUUUUAGGUUCUAUGCGUGCAGCUGCUCAAGUUAUUUCUUAUGAAGUUUCCAUUGGUAUAAUAAUUAUGAUUGUAAUUAUUUAUGUAGGUUCUUUUAAUUUAACAAAAAUAGUUGAAUCUCAAUUAUUUAUAUGGAAUGUUUUUAUUUGUUGACCUUGUUUUUUGUUGUUUUUUGUUUCUGCUUUAGCAGAAACAAAUAGAGUACCUUUCGAUUUACCUGAAGCAGAGUCAGAAUUAGUUUCAGGAUAUAAUGUUGAAUAUUCUGCUUUUACUUUUGCUUUGUUUUUUUUAGCAGAAUACUCAAAUAUUAUUUUAAUGAGUUUUUUGAUUGUAUUAUUGUUUUUCGGUGGUUGAUUGCCUUUAUUUAAUAUAAAUAUAUUUUUUUUUUUAUCGAAAGAACUUUGGAUAAUUUUAAAAGCUCUUUUUAUUAUUUAUUUAUUUAUACUUGUCAGAGGUACUUUACCAAGAUAUAGGUAUGAUCAAUUGAUGUCUAUUGGUUGAAAAGUUUUUUUACCAUUAUCGUUAAGUUAUUUGUUGAUUUAUAUGGUAUUUAUGUUUAUUUUUUACAUUUAA